UCCGCUAAGCAGUCUUCUUCCCGUCACGCGAUGUCAGCCCACGGGUCCCCCUCACACGCCUCCACCGCCUGAAACACCGACCGCAUCCACCCCUUCACCGCCUCCAUCCGACGCGCCUCAUUCCGCUCCGUCACCUUCAGCCGCUCAUGGUACCGCCAGAACGUCGCCUUGAGCGUCUCCGUGUCCAUGUACUCGGUAAUCUCCAUCUCAUCCGGCAGCGGCUCCUUCUCGUAGCCCAGCACAUCCUCCUCGCUCAUCUGGUCGCUCAGCUGGCGGUCGGCAUCCGUGGCCGCCUGCCGCUUCUUGAGGUCACGCACCGCUGCCACCACCCUGCCGACCAGCUCCUCCGUCUGACGGUGCCUCUCUGCCGCGGCAGCGAGCCCGGCAGCCCAUGUGUCGUCGAAUUGCGUGCUGUCCUGGGGGAUGGGAGGGGGGUUGGGGGGAGGGGGCAGGUUGGCGACGGCUGGGAGGGCGGAGGCGUAUGCCUGGAGCGUCUUGGGUCCCGCCCCGAACUGCUUCAUGCACUUGACCAACUCGCCGUAAGGGCCCUCCUCGCUGAUGUCCACUUCCAUCGCCUGCCCGGCCUCCCCCUCCCCCUCCCCCUCUCCCUCUCCCUCUCCCUUGACCUUGACCUCGUCCGUGGCUGGGGCCAUCGACACAUCGGUUGGCGGCUGCUUUUGCCGCUCCGCGGGUGUGGGGGUAAGCGAAGGGAUGACGGGGGGCUGUGAGGGGGCGGCAGCUGCAGCGGCAGCUGCUGGCACCGCAGUGGGUGGUGCAGGUGCCGACAUGUCUUCCUGGGGCUUCUCUGUGCCUGCCGCUUCGACCUUCACCUCGUCCUUCUUCUCCUCUAUCUCCAUCGCCGUCGUCCCCUCGGCAGCGUGCUCGGCCUUCUCUUCGGCCACCAUGCCCUCCUGUUGCUGCUGCCGCUGCUGCUGCUGCUGGGCCUCCUCUGUCUUGUGCUUGACCGCCAGUGGUGCGGCCUUCUCGGGCACAGGUGGUGUCUUCUUGGGCUCGGGUGCGGCCGGGGGGGAUGCCUCUUCUUUGACGACGGCAGCAGCUGCUGCAGCUGCACUGGCGGCAGCUUGUGUGGGAGAGGUGGUGGUGACGGUCUUCUUUUUCUUCUUCUUGGGCGGAGGGGCCGCAGGAGGCACCGACUCACCACCACCAGCAGCACCAGCACCAGCACCAGCCGCAGCACUGCUGCUGCUUGCGGCAUCAGCCAUCCCCUUGUCCGCACCGGCCUCCUCCUCGUGUGGCCUCUUCUUCUCGCCCUUUCCGCCAGCCUUGGCUGCUGGGGCUGCUGGGGAUGCUAGUGGUGGCGCCUUCUUGGGGAACGAUGGGGGCGGCUUGAGCCGCUGGCCGGGCUUCUUGGCUUCGGGCGAGGCCUCCUUGGCGGCUGGUGGAGAGACCUGCUUUGCUGGCGUCACCACUGCAGGGGCAGAGGCCGAGGAGGGCUGCUGCUUGGGUGCAGUGGGCUGGGCGGGCUGGGCUGUGGUCUUGGGCUGCGGCGCCUUGAGCUCGGGCACGGCAGCCGGUGCUGAGGCUGCUUUGGCACUCUUCCCAGAGCCCACACUAUCACCUGACAGGCGGAACACCAAGAUGCCAUGCAGACACACACAGGUCAUUGUGAUGCUCACCAGCAACCCACCCCUCUCUCUGCAUUCACUUACCACUUUUCUGACGCAGCUGUCUGCCGGUCUUGGCCUUCGGGACGACAGGUGGGGCCUUGGGAUGCUGGCUGGCAGCGCUCGAAGCACUGGCAGCAGCUGCAGCUGCUGGUGCUGCUGCUGGUGCAGGGGGCGCUUGUGCGGCGCCGGCACUGGACGGGGAGGCAUCGAGUGGCGACUGCGACCUCUUCCGCUUGGUCUUGGCCUUGUCCUUGGCUGCACUCUUCCUCUUGGCCGCAUGCUUGGGUGAGGGGGCACCUGCUGCCGUGGGGGACGCGCCGGGCGAUGCCUUCGAGAGGCCGCCAGCGGACUUCUGACGCGCUGGCGCGUAGAAGAUGAUGUGAAUGCACAGACACAGAGGUGACGGAUGCCCGAGUUGGUGUUGGUGAUGGUUGAUUUCCGUGUGCAUGAGGUCUCCUCACCUGGUGGUGCUUUCGCGUCGGAGAAGGUUCUUGGCAGUGGCGGCUUGCCUGCCGCCUUCGACGCGCUUUCGCCACCGAUACCCAUCCCCUGCACACGGGCAGACAGCCGUGCAUGGCUUGUGCCAAGUGUCGGGAGGCUGGAUAUGCGCACCUACCUGUGCGGCAGCAGCUUUUGCCUUGGCCUUGGUCUUGGGUCGAGACGCCACAAUGUCGGCCUCGCCCGCGUGCCCCUGACCCUCGGCGGCCACCCCUCGCUGCACACAACAACGCACAGAGAGUGAGUGAUAGUGGAUGCACCCGAUGCCUCCCUCUCCCUCUCUCUCUCUUCCUUACCCUCCUGCCCGCAGCGGCACUAAUCGCAAUCUGUCCCAGCGCUACCCCGAACAGCCCUCUCGCCCGACCCUUCGAAUCAUCGGCUUUGCCGUGUCGCCUCUCGGCAGCCUUGGCCGCCGCCUCACCCCUCUGCUCACCCGGCUCACCCUCGUCCCUCUCCUCACCCGGAAUACGAGCCUGACCUCGACGCAGAGGCGGCUCCAGCGGCAUGGGGAUGGGGGGAAGACCGCCUCCUGCUGCUGCUGCUGCUGCUGCCGCUGCUGGCGUGGGUAGUAGUGGUGGUGCAGCAGAUGGUUCAGCAGUCGACAGAGGUGGCGUCGCGCCGGUCUUGCCGGCCCUCAGCUUCGACUUCAGCGCCUCCAAUCGAAGCUGGUCGGGUGUGGGCGAUUGGCUCCGCUGCACAUCGACCGCACCGCUGCUUGGACUCCCACCGCCAGGCUGGGCGGAUGAUGUCGCUGGCGGCACCGGCAGACCCGACGAAGGGAGGGCUCCCGCGCUCUCGGGCUGUGUCAUGUGGGGCCUCGGUGACAGCCGCACAUGCGCCGAUGCCUUCGGCCGCAGGACGGGCGCGGGUGAGCCUUGCGGGGAGGCCUGCAGGACGGGUGGCGACCCUCCAUGCUGCUGAUGCUGGAAGGGGUCGAACUGCGAGAUCGCAGGUACCUCCAUAUCAUAGUAGGACACCGGUGGGCGGCCACCUGGUCCAGGCGGGGGAGGGGGAGGGUGGUCCUGAGGUGUCUGGUGGGAGGGGGCGUUGGGCCCUGGGGUGAGUGUGGCCGACCCCACCGGAUAGAAGGACAUCCCUCGGCCUCCGCCGCGGCCACCGCGGCCACGCUGAUGCGGAUGAGACAUAGUGAGCAAACAGCUUGUAAUCAAAUCAAUCACUUCACCAACAGGAGGCCUGAACACACAAGCAGCGGGGCAAACGACACACACGAGGAGAUGCGGUCACGACGAUGCAUGCCGAAAGGAUUGCGUGUCUGCCAUCCUUGCCCUUCCUCGUCGUGUCUGUCCCGUGUUCCUCACCUGCGGUCCUCACGAAGCUCUGCUUCAAACAAGUUCGCAACACGUCGUUUAAGAACGCCCGCCAACAGCUGCUGGCAGUCGUGGGCAGAUGGCGUGAACAACGGCC